UACAGACGAACAAGCAUACGACAAACAAAAGGGAGCUUGCUGUAGGAGAGAGACAGAGAGAUCAGAUAAAUGGAGAGGUCUAAUAAGUGGCCAGGAGGCUGAAGAGAGACAAAGUGACAGGUCAAGAUCCAGCGACAGAUAUCAGAAGGAGUGAACAAACCGGAGGAGGAGGAGGAGGAGGAGGAGUCUGGUCUAAAAAAGAGAGAAGCAGCCCUCCAAAACAGAAAGUGAGCCAGUGACAUAGAUGGGGAACACACUGGGAGACUUCAACUGGCAACAUACAUUAUCAGCACUCAAGGAACUACCCAAAAUAUAAACAGAAGAAGAAGUGGAGAUACCACCCACAGAGAGACUGAAUUAUACCACACACAGGGUUUAUGACAGCAGGUGACGGCAACACACAGGCUGAACAUCCAUAACUCGAGCUCGCAGAGUUUAGACUGCAGUCAGGAGGCGUAGCGGAUUUUGGCUGACAGACUGAAGAACGAUGGACGAUUUUCUGAACACAUCAUGCUGAGGGACGACCAAAGAUGAACUGAUCUGAGUCCGGGUCUUCUCCAUCAAGAGCUUGAGGGAAAAAAAAGAUAUCUUUCGGAGUGAUCUGCAAUGGAAGUUUUGCAUGUUGAAUGAGUUAGACGUUCACUGACGGACACUGCAGCAGCAUGAAGCUCAGAUAUGGGGCAUUUUGGGCACUGCCAGCCUUGCUGUUGUGUUUACUGUUGACCACCUGCAGCACACAAGACAGUGAGGAGUUCACUAUGGAGCGUCAGGAGGAGAACAGCACCGUCAGCACUGAGAGCCCUGAUACUGUCUCCUCUGACAUAACCCCUGUGAGCCCCCACAUGACAUGGAUAGCUUUCAGGGACAACUACAACAAGGGUGGAAAUAAGAAACCAAGAGGAAAUAAAAGACUCUCCAAGCAUGGUCUUCCCGGUCCACCAGGCCCUCCGGGUCCUCAGGGGCCUCCAGGUCCACCGGGCCCCUUACUGCCUUAUCAUGCAGAGUUUAUAAAGGACUUCCAGUUCAAAUUAAAAGAGAUGGUCGGAACUUACUGUGUGUAUUGUGAUCAACCUCCUCGUGUGGCCACGGCUUUCCGCUGCCGAAUUCAACACAACCAGCUGGUCCACCGCCGCAGCCUGCAGGAGCUCCAGCCCUUCAACACUCCUUCGAACACAGAGCAGUUCCAUCAGAGAGGACAGGGCUUUAACAUCAGCAGCGGCCGCUAUACGGCUCCAGUGUCUGGCUUCUAUCAGCUCUCAGCUAAUCUGCUGCUAGAAUCCAACUCAGAGUCUCAGAAAAAGGCCCACGGCAGGCAGAGGGACAGUGUCAGAGCCUCCAUAUGCAUAGAGUCUCUGUGUCAGAGCAAUGUGUCUCUGGAGACGGUGACUGGGGUUAGCGCUACAGGAGGAGUAUUCAGUAUUCUCCUGUCCGGGACGCUUUACUUGCAGGCUGGAGAGUAUGUGUCUAUUCUCAUUGACAACGGCACAGGUUCAGCCCUCACAGUUCUCCAAGACAGUCUGUUUUCUGGCAUCCUUAUUGGAGUAUGAAGACAGUAACAAAGCAGAAACCAAUCAAAACUGACGAAAUACUCAUCUGUAUUACGAGAUUGAGUUCAGGACUUAUUACAAUAGUAAUGACGUGACGUUUCACAAAGAGCAGCAGGAUUGCACUGCGAUUGUUUUUAUUUUUAUUAUUCCAAAAAUAAUGCAGAUAACAUCUAAACUGUUCAUAAAGAUGUAUGUACUUUUUCAUGUGGUAUGUUAAUGUAUCCUUUCAUAACAGGGUUGAAGUUUUAUUUAUUUGCAUUUGCUUUAUGAAAAAAAAAAUAUUGAUGUGUGUGUGUGUGUAUAUAUAUAUAUAUAUGCAAUAAAAUGCUUCCAAAACUGCUGA